GAAAAAAUACACAACGAAGACACAGAAAGGACAGUGUUGAGAGUUCUGUGUCAAGGGGACAAGGGGCAGGCAACACAGUCUGUUCAGGUGACUGGUUGAGGUCAGCAAAUCCCCCGGAGCUGAGUGUCUGAGGGUGGACUGAGCUCCUUCUGACGUUAGUGCCUAGAAUUCUUAAGCAAACCAGCUGUUUAUCUGCAGUCACAUGGUGCUGUGUUGGCCAAAACGUUUGUUUGUUUGGUGAAUAUGUUGUUCAGUCAAUUACUGGUGAAAAUGAAAAUGUUUCUAUUUUUACUUAAAACUGAGUGAACCCCUUGACCAACCCUACAGUUGGCAGGUCAUCACUUACAGAACCGAUGGUGAAGGCGUGGCCUGGUGGGCUGUCAGGUUGUGUCUUAAUAUUUAGAUGGUAAACCCUGGCCUGUGUGGCUCAGUGGGUUGGGGCAUCACCCCAUACAGGGACAGGUGGUGCCUUUGAUUCCUCUUCAGAACACAAACCUAGUUUGCUGCUUCAAUUAUUACAUGUUGGUUGGGAAGUCUAGGAGAGGCAAGUACUAGAGCUCUCUCUCUCUCUCUCUCUCUCUCUCUCUCUCUCUCUCUCAUAAAGUUACAAUAUCAAUCCUUCCAACCCAGGAGCACAGUGUAUCCUUUCAUUAACUUGUACUCUUGUCACUUUCUUUCUUCCUUGUCUAAUCAUUUUCAGGGUAGAGCUUUUUCAACUCUUUGGUUGAAUUUAUUCCUACACAUGUUAUGCUUUUUGAUGAAGUGGUAAGUGCAAUGUAUGAUUCUUUUCCUUCUGAUUAUUCAGUGUUGCUGAUAGAAAUGCAACAGGUGUCAGGUUUUGUGUCCUGCAACAUUAUGGAGUUCACUUAGUAGUUCUAGUAGUCUAUCUCUUUGGUGGAGUCCUCAGGCUUUUCCAUACAUUGUGUCACGUGAUCUGCAUGUAGUGAGAGGUUACCCUCCACCUCUCUGGUUUGUAUGCCGUUGGUUUCCUUGUCCGGUCCGACUGCGGGCUGCACCCCCAGUACUGAGCUGAAUGGAAGUGGCCAGGAGGGAAGGGAGGUCGUCAUUGCUACCCACUUCCUGCUGGCAUCUCUGUCUGCACAGCAGGUAACCAUGGUCCUCCCUCUGCCUGCCCUCCCUGUCUGCCUGGCCCUGGUCCAGCUGCUCAGCCCCUGCUCAGCAGCUCAGUUUGCUGUGGUUGGACCCCGGGAGCCCAUCCUGGCCAUGGUGGGUGAAGACGCUGAGCUGCCCUGUCACCUGUCCCCGAACAUGAGCGCUGAGCACAUGGAGCUGAUGUGGGUGCGAUCCAGCCCCAGGCAGGUAGUGCACACGUAUGCACACGGGCAGGAGGACACGCCCGCAGCAGAGUAUGGAGGGAGAACUUCGAUUUUAAGGGAGGACAUCACUGCGGGGAAGGCUGCUCUGCAGAUUCGAGAUGUCAGAGCCUCUGACAGAGGAACCUACCUCUGUUAUUUCCAAGAUGGAGAUUUCUUUGAAAAUGCCCAGGUGCAGCUGGAGGUUGCAGGCUCCUUUUUCCAGAGUGUGCAGCACUGUGAGCUGGCCUUCUGGGUGACCCUGGCUAUUCCGUUCUUGCUUCUGGUGGGAGCGGGUUGCUGCCUGUGGCAACAGCACAAGAAGGUCCAGGUUCUGUCCAAGGAGAAGGAGCGGGAGCGCGCAGAGAAGGAAGCAGCGCAGGUGCAGAAGGAAGCAGCUGAGGCCGAGAAAGCAGCAGCUCAGGCCGAGAAAGAAGCAGCCCAGUGGGAGAAAGAAGCAGCUCAGGCCGAGAAAGAAGCAGCUCAGGCCGAGAAAGAAGCAGCUCAGGCCGAGAAAGAAGCAGCUCAGGCCGAGAAAGAAGCAGCUCAGGCCGAGAAAGAAGCCGCCCAGUGGGAGAAAGAAGCAGCGCAGGCCAAGAAGCAGCUGGAGAGAAGCAUGAAAGAGAAGCUGCAGGACGAACUCAGGUGGAGAAUGAUCCCAUACCUACCACGUGAGGACCGGUCUCAGGCCUAUGCAGACUUGAAAAUGGCCUUCUUCCAGCCUGGGAAUGUGUUUCUGGAUCCAGACACGGCGCACCCCGCCCUUCAUGUUUCUGCGGACCAGAGGAGACUGCAGAGGGCAGACCCAUGGCAGAACCUGCCAGAAAACCCUGAGAGAUUUGACCAGGAGUUCUGUGUGCUGGGCUGUGAGAGCUUCACAUCAGGGAGACAUUUCUGGGAGGUGGACGUGGGGGACAGGGCACAGUGGUGUGUUGGGGUUUGUAGGGAGAACGUGACGAAAAAAGGGAAGUUUAUAAUGGCCCCCGAUAAUGGAUUCUGGACAGUGAAACUGAAUCUUGGGAGAAACUACUGUGCUCUCAUGGGCCCGCAGAUGACACUGACCAAUGUGAGCCCUCCCGCGAGGGUGGGGGUUUUCCUGGACUAUGAGCUGGGGGAGGUCUCGUUCUACAACGCCAUCGAUGGGUCUCACAUCUUCACCUUCCCACACACCUCCUUCUCUGGGCCCCUGAGGCCUGUUUUCGGGAUUUCAACAUUGGACCCCACACCCUUGACCAUUUGCCCAGCGCAGAAAGCAGUGGGGAGGUCCCUUGUGCCUGACCGAGGGUCUGACUCUUCCCUGGAGACCCCAGUGUCCCCGGGCUCAGGUGAAGGAAAUGGGGACCCUCAGGCUGAAGAAACGUCUCUGCUUCUCGCUGCCCAGCCUGGACCUGAGGGCCUCCUGACCCGCAAAAUAUCUCAACAGGAAAUCACUACAAACACACAGAGUGAGGGACUUCACUAACACUCAUUCAAUUUUUUCACUUGAGAGACAAGGAGACCACGGGGCAGAAAGUGAGUUCACUUUCCAAAGGUGACUCAUUUGGCUUCAAACAACCAGAGCUGACAUUUAUAGGUAACUUCACAUGUACUGGGUGCUGUGUUAACAGGUUCAGGUGACUCUCACUCAUUCUCAAAAUCCCCGUGAGGUAGCCUCAUUAUGAGAGUGUGGAAACUGAAGCAGCGGCCGUUAAGUGACAUACAUAAUUCACUCAGAUUUUAGUGCUGAAUGAUGUUCAUACCCUCCCCCUCCCUCUCAUCUGUCCCUUUGCAGCUGAUUGUCCUGUUGGGCAGGGUCAAGGGCAGCGCUGAGGGUCCCUCCCAGGGCACCAAGGGUAAAGGUCACUGCAGGUGACUGUGAAGGCCACUCCCCACUUGGAUCUUUGUAGGUCAACUGUCAGAGCCAUGGUCCACCCCUUCACUGACUGGCUCUGCAGGACACUGUGGUCCAGAGGAUGAAUUCACAGUGACCCCAUCACACAGGGCUGAGAAGGGACCAGUGACUCCCUUCUAAACCAGCCUGUGACCUGUGAGCACAGAGCAGACCCAACCUCCUACCUCACACCUGAAGGGCCUCUGUGAACAGGACUGUGGGAGGAAGGGGCAGGUGGGCGUCAGUGGAAUUUUUCUCACACGGUGGGAUCCAUGUCCAGACCAGGGACACCCACCACUGAUCACCCACUGAGGUUCCUGAGGUUUCUGUCACCUGUGGUUCCUGAGGAAAGACCGUUCUUCCUCAUUAUCAUCAUUACUGUGCCUGUUCAUGAUGAAUCCCUGGCCCAUGUGGGUGUCAUGUUACAUUUUUAAUAUAAAUUUUUCAAUAAUGUUCCCACUUCAACAGAGCUCUUUUGAGAUCUAACCCCAUGGUUAACUCACCAGGUUCACAGUUUAGCUCCUUGUCACAUUUUUACUCACUUCUUACUGAAUUAAUUUUCUCUUUUUGCUGUAAUAGUAUAAACUUCAUGACCUAAUACAAUACAAAUUCAUUAUCUCACAA